AUCGUUCUCCUUCAUGGCUGGAGUGGCUCCAUGGAAUACUUCAAGGAAAACGCUGCGUUGCAGAGUCUCGGACAAAAAGGCUUGAGGGUGGUCCGAUAUGAUCACAGGUUCCAUGGGAGAAGUGACAAGCCUGAUCAUGGCAUGCACGUUGCUCGCCUGGCGGCGGAUCUGAGAGAUGUCAUGCAACAGCUUGAUUUGUCCGAUGUCACGCUGGUUGGCACGAGCAUGGGCGCUGCUGUCAUCUGGAGUUACAUCGAGCUCUUCGGCAGCGACAAGAUCUCCAAGGCUGUUGUAGUAGACCAAGCUCCUCUGCAGAACAAGCUGGAUGAUUGGAGCUUCGGAAGCAAAGGAUGUUACGACGAGAAGACACUCAAGAACCUGCAGAACGAGCUUGCAAACAACUUCUCUGCCUUUGCGCAAGGCAACUAUGAUUGCUGCGUCUCAAUUCCUCUCAGCGAAGAUCUCAAAAAGCUGGUGAUUGACGAGACUUUGUUGUGCUCGGGGCCUCAGCUCGGGAGGCUCAUGGCCGACCACACGCAGCUGGACUGGCGGUCCCUGCUGCCAACCAUCGAGAUCCCCUUUCUCAACUGCGUCGGAGGCAACAGCGGCUGCUUCCCGCUCGAGGGGACGCGCAGGGUGGGGGAGCUGAUGAAGAGCUGCAAGACCGUGACGUUCAAGGAGGCGAACCACUGG